UACAAUAAUUUUGGAUACCCCUGGUGUUUUUCUAUGGAUAGAGCCAAAAUGACCACCUCUCAGACUGCUCGUUCGUUUAUAAUACUUUCGAUAAUCUCGGUUGUUGGGAUAUUAUAUGUUUUAACGCUAUUUCCAGAACACAAUUUAUUCUCCUGUUCCCAUAAAAUAAAUGAAACCACUAAUCAUAUAACACAACAAGAAGAGGAAGAUGAAUCUUUGAUAGACAGAAUCUUCCAGUAUCCCUUGGGGAUCGGCAUGAAGUAUUAUUACACUCCUUCUAUAAUUAAAAGAGAUGAUAAUAAUUCCUCAACUAGUGCCAGUUCAACUUUUACCAGUGAACAGUCGGCUACUGAAAGUAGUUUUGAAACCAGCACCAGUUCUUCUAGUUCCUCUAGAUCCGCAAGACCUUCUUCUACUGCGUCAUCUGCACCUCAAACAUCUUCGGGUACUACCACCAGGGAAACCACAUCCAGUUCUUCCGAACCAACCACCACUGAUAAUUCAACCAGUGACUCCAAUGAUUCUUCCACCACCGAUGAUUCCAAUGACUCUUCCACCACCUCCACCAACGACGCAUCUUCUACAUCUGAUGAUUCGUCUACGUCUGAUGACUCUUCCACUACCGACGAUGCAUCAUCUACAUCCGACGACUCUUCUACUACCGACGACUCUUCCUCCACUUCCGACGACUCCUCCAGUCUGACUAGCCACCGUCGAACAUCCAAAAGUACCAGUCUUACCACCAUUAGUUCCCAAAGUGAUGGUAAAACCGUGGUGGUAACCCAAACUUCGGUUUACACCGCCAAUUCGUCUUCUGAACCUUCGGCUUCCAGUGGGAAUAAUAAGAGUAAUAACGAUAGUGGCAACGGCUUGACCCGAACCAACAAGAUUGUCGUUGGUGUUGUUGUUGGGAUUGGGGCCCCAAUCCUUCUUGGUAUUGCUGCUUUAUUAUUCUACUUCAAAAAGAGAAACAGUAAAGAUUAUGAAAAUGGUGGAUGGACUUUCUGGAGAUCAAAUGAGAAAAAUGGUGAAGACAAUUUCCUCAAUGGUGAAUUGGGUGUGAGAGACCGUAAUAUCAACCAAGGAUCUAAUUUUUAAUUAAAUACCCUAAUUUAUGUAAUAGAAAUGUAUAACUAGACCAAUUAAUGUACUCCACGAUCUCCCCGUUUGCAGAUCCGUACCUUUUGCUCUUUGUUUUUUUUGUCUUCUUUUAUCGGCAUACGCACGACUGUGCCGCCUAAUGGAGUGGGCGGGCGCACGCCCGCCGUGUUCGUCCAGCCGACAAUUUUAUUCAUUAAUUUGUUGUAUUCGGUGUAUUUGUUGUAUUUUCAAAUAUUCAUAUACACUUGUGUACACUAAUACACUUAUAUACAUUUAUAUACACUUAUAUACAUUUAUAUACACUUAUAUACACUUAUAU